AUUGCCCGUCAGUCUUGAGCAAAGCCGCAAGCCGUUAAUGUCGAUUUCGAGCAGUAGUCGACAGGCGUCUGCUUUCCGUGUCAGUAGUCAGAGUGCGUGUGCGUGUGUGUGCGCGUCUCGUCUGUGGUCCUUUCCUGCCUGAUAACUCGUGUUUAGUCUUUAUUUCUUUCUUUCUUUCCACGUCGCGCCGUUUAGUCUUCCUCUGGCGUGUCAUAUUCGUAAGUCUUUUGUUAUUGUAUAACCGGUCGCUUGAUUACUCAUAACUGCCAGAUAUUCGCCGGGUGAGACCGAAAAGGAGCAGGCAAUACACCGUGUCAGUGUGUUCAAGUGAAGAUGUCAAGGGGGUUUUGAAUCCUUAAAUUAACAGUAGUGUCAAGUUAAAUUUAGUAGUGUGUAUAAUAAAUAAUAAAGCAACAAAUUCAUCAAACCAAUAAAAGAGCCAAAAACAGCUCCCAAGAGACAGCUUGAAGAAGAGACAUUCGAUAAGGUUCCUGAGAUCGCCAGAAAAUCAGCAAACAUGUUUGGCAUUAAAUAUUUAACAGAGGCCCAUCUGAAGGGCUUCGAUCGUUAUAAGUACAACAGCAUCGACACCGGCUACAUCAGCGUCUAUGUUAUGCAUCCUUUCUGGAACUGGUGUGUACAGUUCCUACCGAAAUGGCUAGCACCGAAUCUCAUCACAUUCACCGGCUUCCUGUUGACCGUGGUCAAUUUCAUUUUAAUUGCAUAUUACGAUUGGGACUUUCAGGGCGCGAACCACGACGUGCACACAGUGCCGCGCUGGGUUUGGUCGGUGGCGGCUAUAAAUAUUUUACUUUACUACAAUUUAGAUGGCAUGGAUGGCAAGCAGGCACGGCGCACCGGCACCAGUGGUCCGCUGGGCGAACUCUUCGACCACGGCUUGGACUCGUACUCGGCUGUGCUGAUACCCAUUUAUAUGUUUUCGCUGUUUGGUACCAACGAUUUGCCACCGAUUCAUAUGUUCUUCGUUAUAUGGAAUGUUUUUCUGAAUUUUUAUUUGACACACGUCGAGAAGUACAACACCGGCGUGAUGUUCCUGCCGUGGGGCUACGACUGCACGAUGUGGGGCGUCAGUUUAAUGCUCUUCUUCACCACACUUGUCGGCCCGGAAAUUUGGCAUGCGCGUCCCUUCUUGAACCUAAGCAUGGCGAACUUAUUUGAGAUUGUGCUGAUUGGCUCAGCGAUGGUGAGCAGUCAUCCCAUUAUCAUCAAAAAUAUUUACUUAUCGUACAAAAAUAAAACUGGUAAAAUGCGCCCAUUCAUGGAGGCGGCACGCCCUCUCUUCCCCUUCUUGUGGCUGUUCGCAAUCACCACAUUCUGGUGCUUCUACUCGCGCAAUAGCAUCAUUGAUCUGUCGCCGCGCAUACUUUUCGUACUCUUCGGCACGUUAUUUUCCAAUAUAGCGUGUCGCUUGAUUGUGGCGCAAAUGUCCGAUGUGCGCUGUGACGGCUUCAAUCUGCUCUUCUGGCCGCUCUUGGCCACAGUAGCGGUCUCCUGCUUUCCCUGUUAUAAGCAAGUGCUGGGCACCGACAUUAGCGCCGACAUGGAGUGUUGGAUCGUGCAGGCCUUAACGAUUUUCAUCACCAUAGCACACCUGCAUUACGGAAAGGGGGUGGUCUGCGAGAUGUGCGACCACUUCAAAAUACGUUGCUUCAAAGUAAGAGACACUCCCUAUAUGCAACAAACAGUAGCAAAUAACAUACCAAAGAACUCAUCAGCGGUACUCAACUCUCAUAUAUCGACACAAUUAACCGAGUCAUUAUUGAGUAAACGUUCAAUUAACAACAAAAAUGGGCCAAUUGAAAAUAAGUUGUCAUAAUUUGUGUAAAUUAACCACAUAUCAUUAUUAUUAUAUUUAAUAGAAUAUAAUUUGUAUUAACUUUACGAAUUUACAUCGGUGUAUAUGUGUCGUAAAUCAUGCAUAUAUGCUUGUCACGAAAACAGUUUAAGAUCUCCAUUAAUUACUAAGCACAAAGAGAGGAAGAUAUUGUGUGGUUUCCUUAGGUGAAAUCUCGAGUUCCAAACACUACUGUAGAACUCUGGAUAUAUAAAGGGUGAUUUUUUAAGAGCUUGAUAACUUUUUAAAAAAAAAAAACGCAUAAAAUUUGCAAAAUCUCAUCGGUUCUUUAUUUGAAACGUUAGAUUGGUUCAUGACAUUUACUUUUUGAAGAUAAUUUCAUUUAAAUGUUGACCGCGGCUGCGUCUUAGGUGGUCCAUUCGGAAAGUCCAAUUUUGGGCAACUUUUUCGAGCAUUUCGGCCGGAAUAGCCCGAAUUUCUUCGGAAAUGUUGUCUUCCAAAGCUGGAAUAGUUGCUGGCUUAUUUCUGUAGACUUUAGACUUGACGUAGCCCCACAAAAAAUAGUCUAAAGGCGUUAAAUCGCAUGAUCUUGGUGGCCAACUUACGGGUCCAUUUCUUGAGAUGAAUUGUUCUCCGAAGUUUUCCCUCAAAAUGGCCAUAGAAUCGCGAGCUGUGUGGCAUGUAGCGCCAUCUUGUUGAAACCACAUGUCAACCAAGUUCAGUUCUUCCAUUUUUGGCAACAAAAAGUUUGUUAGCAUCGAACGAUAGCGAUCGCCAUUCACCGUAACGUUGCGUCCAACAGCAUCUUUGAAAAAAUACGGUCCAAUGAUUCCACCAGCGUACAAACCACACCAAACAGUGCAUUUUUCGGGAUGCAUGGGCAGUUCUUGAACGGCUUCUGGUUGCUCUUCACCCCAAAUGCGGCAAUUUUGCUUAUUUACGUAGCCAUUCAACCAGAAAUGAGCCUCAUCGCUGAACAAAAUUUGUCGAUAAAAAACAUUUCGAACCGAACACUGAUUUUGGUAAUAAAAUUCAAUGAUUUGCAAGCGUUGCUCGUUAGUAAGUCUAUUCAUGAUGAAAUGUCAAAGCAUACUGAGCAUCUUUCUCUUUGACACCAUGUCUGAAAUCCCACGUGAUCUGUCAAAUACUAAUGCAUGAAAAUCCUAACCUCAAAAAAAUCACCCGUUAAAAUAACUUAUGUAAAAAAGAGGUGAUAUGCCUAAGGUACUGUAGUUUCCGAUAUCCCUGUGCCUUGUAGAGUCAAGGCUUUGGUAUACAACUGUCGCGUUACUGAGACCGUUUUUUUUGGAAUUUUCGAGAUCAUUUUGUUAUUUAUUGUUAUUAUUUCAAAAAAUUUAAGCACUAAGUAUAUCUUUAUAAGAUUUCUUCAAGUUGUUCGCCAUUCCAUACACUUUCUGGGUCGUAUAGUAUUCAAAUUAAAGUUAUAUAUUUGUAUAUAUAAUAUAUAAAGUAUUUCAACUUGUAUUGUACAACAAUAAGUAGCAUAGUUGUUAAGAACGGAGUAAGUGAUUAUACAUAUUUAUGUGUGAAACAUAGUGAAUUCUAUUUUUUUGGUAAGUCUCAUAAGCAUUAACUAAUGAUAUAACGGGAAGAUAACAGUAUAAUUAAUACUUUGUGGCUGUACUAACAAUAAAAACAACAACGACUAUUAACUAGUAUAUAAGCUAGCUUAUAGCAAGGUGUAGUUAAGUUGAAACUGAAAAUAAAUGGAGUUUAAAUCUAAAGA